AUGGCAACCACCACACAACCAUCCACUGCUGACGCAGAUGAGAUCAUGCGCCUGGCAGUGGAACGAUUCCGCAUCAAAAUGGAGUCCUCUAACCGGCAAUUCCUCCAAGACCGGAUCGAGGAGAUUGAAGCGAUGAACCUACCCACCGAAGAGGAAAAACUUGUAAAGAUGCGCCCCUACUGGCCUAAUUUGGGAAUCAAGGGCGAGGAUUCUUGGAAUGAUUGCGCCCCAAUAGGCCCUGUCCGUCAAUCUCGCGAGGAGAGAAACGUCACUCGAUUGGCCGACGUUAAAACGGUAUACCACGAGUACAUGGAUGGCAUCCAGCCGCCAAGGCUGUUGACAGAGGAGUGGCGUCAGAUGUAUCUGGACACCGUCCAAAGCGUGUGUGAUGAGGCCGCCUUUCGCGAUGAGGAGGACGAGGAUUUCUCAAUCCCGCUCUGCCAUGAGCUGGGUUCCUUUAUCAAGUACGCCAGUGGUGUCCAGGAUCCGGAUUUCCGGCGCUCAGGCAUAGCCCCUUUCGGACCUGUUUUUGUAUCAGAGACCCAGGACUAUGCAUUUAAGGAUAACCCGGCAGUACUUGCAUUGCCGCCCCCUAAUAUCUUCGAGGCCCGAGAAAGCCUGAAGUAUUAUCUGCAAGAAUUCCUCUGUGAUGAGAGCUUCGUUGCUGGGACUGUCGACGAAGACUUGGAAGUGAGAGUCGGUUUCUUAACCGGGACUGGCUGUCGCUGUGGACAUGAUAAAUGGCACAGCGCCUAUCUGUACUGUCGCCGGUUCGUCGAGGACUCCGAUCCAAGCCAUAAGGACUGGGCGUGGCGGGUGGUCAUUUUCCAUGCGGACGGCGAGAAUCCUACCAUGCUAAACGGGCGGAAGCCAAGAUUCGAUUCCAUCCCUGAGUUUCUGGAAUGGUACAGUAGCUGGCUGGAACAUUCGGAUCUAGAUCAAAUUCGGAAGGACGUCAUGAAACCUGAGUAUGAUAGUGAUGAGGACUACUCGCCAGCUUGGGGAUUCGUUUACAACGGAUAG